AUGAACAAUAUUGACCUUCAGCACGAUGAUGAAGUUGAUGUUGAUGAAGUUGAUGUUGGUGAAACUGAUUCGAAAGAAGAUGAUCCUGAAGAAGAUAAUGGAAUUUACGAUGAUAAUAUUCAACCGAAUGAAGAUAUAUAUUCGCUGUUAUUUGAAGACAACUCUUAUCAAUCUGAUUUUAAUGUGACUUUAUCCUCUGAUUAUGAAAAUGUUCAUCAACAUCAUUUUCUCUCUCAACUGAUCGAUUUUAUUCACACAGCAAAAUUAAAUAAAACAACAACAACAUCACUUUUGUCUUUAUUGAGAACGACAAAAUCAUUUACAACAGAUAUUCCAAAAACUAGUCAUUCUCUAUGGGAACAGCUUGGUGUUAAAUUUAUAUUCAAAACAUAUUAUUUUUGUUCAUUUUGCUUCAAGCAAUUAGAUGAGUAUCGUGACAUAUGCACGAUGUGCAAUUCAAAACAAAAAGCAAAUGCUGAAUUUUUGGUACCGUGUGCCGAGAACCAAUUUGCAGCUGAUGUCAUCAGAGGUGAAUGGUAUCAACGAAUUAAUACAACUGAACCCCGUUUAAGUUUAAUGAUUUAUACCGAUGGCAAACCAAUAAUAAAAUCAAAAAGAACACGAACAAAAAUACCUCCACCAUUACGUGAAGAUCUCAAUAACAUACUAUUACUUGGUUUAUGGCAUGGACCAGUGGCACCACCAAGUUCUUUAUUGUUGAACAAGGUCGUAGAUAAUAUAAAACUGUUGGCUGCCACCGAAAUAAUUCAUUUUAUGGUCAACGUUCAAUUAUCUACCGGCGACUUUCCAGCACGGGCCAAGUGUAAUCAAUUGAUAAACCACAAUGGUUUUUAUGCAUGCUCAAGGUGUCUAUUGGAAGGAUCACGUUGUCCACAACCAUGUGCUAAUCAUACAUUAUACAAAUGGAUCGAUUUCAUUCAAAGACCACCGAAACAAAGAACUCAGCAACACAUUAAUACAUGUGCACAACAGAUUAAUGCUGCUAAUAAGAAUGUUUUUGGUGUUGCUGGAAUAUCACCAUUAUCUUAUGUUUUAUCAAUACCUGAUCAAUCAACGUUUGAUUACCUUCACUUGGUACUCGAAAUUCAUUUUCGGUGA